CGCAACUGUCGCAAAGAUGGUGCGCUCCUACCGCCGCUACGAGGCCGGUGCUUCUUUCGGGACCGUGUGCACCGCCUCGUCCAACACCGUUUGGACUGCGGAUGCAUCUUCACGCUCCACAGGUGCCGGGCGGGCAUACGUUGGCGCAAACGAAGAUGUGCUAUGCUGGGACGUGAAGAAGAGCGAACUUCUCUCACGCUGGUCGGACAAGGACAAUAAGGCCGAAGUCACUGCUCUUGCGCCAUGUGCUGCGCAGCCUGACCUGUUCGCUGCCGGCUACGCGGAUGGCUCGAUACGGAUAUGGGACGCUCUUUCGGCGCAGAUUGUGGUGAGCUUUAACGGCCACCGCAGUGCCGUCACGCAUUUACAGUUCGAUCGCGAGGGUGCGAGGCUGGCGAGUGGGAGUAGGGAUACGGAUGUGAUUGUGUGGAAUCUGCUGAGUGAGACGGCCGAGUUCAGGUUGAGGGGCCAUAAGGACCAGAUUACUGGUUUGGCAUUUUUGCAGACGAGAGUAAGUGGCAGGCAGAGUCCGCAUACCGAUGAGGCGGUCGAUGUUGCGGACGAGGAUGGAGAGGUGGAAGAGAAGUAUCUCAUAUCGACCUCUAAAGACGCGCUCAUCAAGCUGUGGGACUUGACCAGUCCGCACUGCGUGGAGACGCACGUUGCGCAAACCAAUGGCGAGUGCUGGGCUUUGGGCAUUAGUCCCGACGGUCAAGGCUGCAUCACUGCUGGCAAUGAUGGAGAGUUGAAAGUCUGGCGCAUCGAUGUGGAUGCGCUGUCCGAGUUGGACUCUCGGCUGGGCGAGAGCAAGAAGCAGGACAUCCUAAUCAGCCAAGGGAUCAUUCGGCGUCAGGGCAAAGACAGAACCAUUGGCGUCUCAUUUCACCCCAGACAAGAUUACAUCGCCGUGCAUGGCUCGGAGAAGGCUGUCGAGAUCUGGCGCAUACGCCCGGCAGACGAAGUACAUCGACACAUGCUCCGCAAGCGGAGACGAAGGAGGGAAAAGGCGGCUGCAGCAGGAGAGACGUUACCUGCAGAAAACGAAGACAAAAUCGGCACACCCACCGUCGACGACAUCUUCACUCCCUACGUGAUCAUCCGUACAACCGGCAAAGUCCGCUCCACCUUCUGGGCCCAACCCGCCCGGUCGACCAAAUCCCUCCAACUCCUCGUCGCGACCACCAACAAUCAACUCGAACUCUACACCAUCACGCACCACCGCGCUCAACAACAACAACCACCCACGAACAAAGACUCUCCGGAAUACACCCGCGCCCUCGCCGUCGACCUCCCAGGCCACCGCACCGACAUCCGCACCCUCGCCCUCUCCUCCGACGACCGCAUGCUCGCCUCCGCCUCAAACGGCCAACUCAAACUCUGGAAUCUCAAAACGCAAUCAUGCCUGCGCACAUUAGACUGCGGUCAAGCGCUGUGCUCCGCCUUCCUGCCCGGCGACCGCAUCGUCCUACUGGGCACGAAAAGCGGCGACCUGGAGAUGUACGAUAUCGCCACCGCCACGCUCAUCCAAAGCCUCCCUGCGCAUGAAGGUCACGCCAUCUGGACGCUUGCCGUGGCACCGGAUGGUCGCAGUGUAGUAACAGGAUCCGCAGAUAAGACCGCGAAAUUCUGGCGUUUCGAUGUGGUCGACGAGGAAAUCCCCGGGACGCGAAGGACGACACAACGACUAACUCUCACGCAGACGCGGGAACUCAAACUAUCCGACGACAUCCUCGCUCUGACCUUUAGCCCUGACCACCGUCUCCUAGCCGUCGCAACACUGGAUCUAACCGUCAAAAUCUUCUUCGUGGACAGUCUGAAACUGUUUCUCACGUUGUACGGCCACAAACUCCCCGUCCUCGACCUGACCAUCUCGUCGGAUAGCAAAGUGAUAGCGACUUGCUCCGCGGACAAACACGUGCGUCUCUGGGGACUGGAGUUUGGCGAUUGCCAUAAAUCUUUCUACGCCCACGAGGACUCCGUCAUGGCUGUUCGCUUCGUCCCGCACCCCAUCGAGCGGGAGGAGGGACGGUUACUUUUCAGUGCGGGCAAAGACGGGGUGAUACGGAGUUGGGACGGGGAGAAAUUCGUUCCGAUCCAGCGUUUGUUGGGUCACAAGGGAGAAGUGUGGGCUAUGGCUGUCAGUCGCACGGGUGAGACGGUUGUGACGGCGGGGCAUGAUAAGAGUCUGCGCGUUUGGGGAGUGGGGGAUGACCUUAUCUUUCUCGAGGAGGAGAGGGAGAGGGAGGUGGAGGAGUUGCACGAACGCAGUCUUGCGGAGAAUCUGGACCGGGAUUUUCGGGACGAGGAUGGGGAUGGGAAUGAGGAGGUGGCGGCGGCGGGGAAGCAGACGAUUGGGACGCUCACGCAUGGGGAGAAGGUGUUGGAGGCGUUGGAGUUGUGUGUGGCGGAUCUGGAAGCCAUGAACAACCACGAACGGGAGAAGCAGCGGAACCCGAACGCAGCACCGCCGCAGCGGAAUCCGGUCUUCCUCGCCCGUGGGAACGUGACAGCGUCGCAAUACAUGCUGCAGACCCUCUCCGCCAUCCCGACACCGGCGCUCAAUGACGCGUUACUCGUCAUCCCUUUUUCCUCCUUACCGAACCUCUUCACCUUCCUCUCCAUCUUCCUACGAGAGCGGAUGCGGCCGGAGUUAGCCUGGAGGGUUGUGUACUUUCUGCUGCAGGUGCACAUGCAGCAAAUCGUCGCUAGUGGCCAUCUCAAGGGGGUGCUUGAGGAGGUGUUGGAGGCGUGUGAGCGCUGGCAGGAGGGGGAGAGGCGGGUGGUUGGGUGUAAUUUGGCGGGGCUGGGGGUGCUGGGGAGGGAGGUUAGGGAGGUGGAGGUGGGUGGCGGGGGAUGGUUGGGGGAUGUGGAGGUGGAAGAGGAGGCGGUGGAGAAGGGGGCGCGGGGGAGGAAGAGGGGGUUCGUUGGAGUAGGGUAGGGUUAUGCGAGAUGGGGUGGGCUGUAAAGCUGAGGCCUUGUGGCUGGCACGGAUGCUUUGGUGUGGUGCUAAGCGAGCCGGCAUUUCGGUGGGAAAUGAUACCAACGAUUACUUUUCUGGAGAAUCCUCACCCGAAGUGGAA